AUGGGAUUCCUUGUGUGUACAAGCUGCUUCUCUCUCUCUGAUAUUCGGGAUUCUGAAGACACACGCAGCCCCCAGCUGUCCUCUAACUAUGAACAGCAAUGCCUUUGAUGACCAGUAUGAAGGCUGCGAAUGGGAAAUGGACAAUGCAAUCAAAUCCUACCUACUUGAGCAAGAAAAAGAAGCUAACCCUGAUUUUAGUCUUGCCUGGGAUUUCGCAAUGGAGGCAUGGAACGAAAACAAAGAGUAUCUAAGCGAAGAAAUCCCUGAUGGUUUCCGGGAUGAGUAUGGAGUUGCCAUUAUCAUUUACUCCAAUGACACGGUCUAUUCUGAUUUUAAUGAAGCUGUGAGGAAUUACGACCGGGAAGAUUUCAACUACCAUUCCCUGCAUUUCUUUAUGACCCGAGCCAUGAACCUCCUGAAGGUGGACUGUCCAUCGCCUGUGUACAGAGGGAUAAACAGGGUACGUCUGUUACCUGAGCAUAUCGGGGAGACAAUCCGAUUUGGACAGUUCACCUCUUCCUCCAGGAACCAAACGGUAGCAGAGAACUUUGGGACGGGGACUUUCUUCAACAUAAGCACCUGCUUUGGGGCGGACAUACACAAUUUAUCCUCUUAUCCAGGGGAAGAGGAGGUUCUUAUACCGGUAGAUGAGGUCUUUGAAGUGACCCACUUUACCAGGGAUUAUGGCGAAAGCAGAUUUGUCCUUAAAACGACAAAAGCCAGAUGUCAUUACUACAACUGUGACUUCUUACAAAAAGGUGGGAAAUCCAAUACAUGUGUGUAUAGCAGAGGUGUGAAGGAGCUGUUUCCACCAGCGGUGAUUUCACUCUCGUUUUCUUUACUGAUAUUCAUCUUGAAGGACAUAACUGAGUGUUGA